AUGUCUACCAGACCAACAACGCCGGCGUCACCAAAGAACGCAAAGAUCAAGUCACCUGCCCCAGGAACCCCCAUGUUCGGCUGCGAACACGUACAGCUUCUUCUGUCGCAGGGACAGGAAGUUAUGAACAGCUCCAUCGCCCACUACAAGAUGAUUCUUCGAGGCAUCUUUGACACUCCUCCUAUUGUGCCCCAGACGUCGACGAACCAAGAGGGUCGUCCCAUCACCUCCCUCACAUCAAAUUACCUUUGCCUACAAUGUCCAACAACCGUGACGGAGGAGGACAGGCUGGAGCACGGCACAGAACGGCAGCAUCGCUUCUACGUGGACUCUCGCAGUGGCUCCCUCUAUUGCCAAAUCUGUGAUGAUAUGGUCUGGGACCCAACUCUGGAAGAGCUUCGUGUUCGCAAGAUUGGAACCGGUUCUUUCUCAGGCCGAAAACGGAAGCACGACGAGCUUUUUACCGAUUCCAUUAAGGAGGACCCUCGGUAUAUCGCCUCCAACACGACGACGGCAUCUUGUCGUGCUAAUGGACUUCGUGGCAUUUACAACGCUGGCGCAACUUGUUAUCAGAACGUUGUGCUACAGAGCUUCUUGCACAACCCCUUGCUCCGAAACUUCUAUCUUAGCGACGGCCAUCAGAGCAACGAUUGCAGCGUUCCACAUUGUCUGAGCUGCGCCAUGGAUGACAUGUUCCAAGAUUUUUAUGCACUCGAAAAUACCAAUGGCUACACGGCUGCCAACAUUCUCUCCGGCUUCUGGAUUUCGGAGAAAAAGGCGUUUGAGAACUUGGUGACGACGAAAGAACAGGAUGCUCACGAGUUUUUUCAAUUCUUGGCCGAGGAACUUCAUGAGCGGAACGGCGACGGCAAAAGGCCUGAGACUGGCUGUGAGCAUAGCUGCAACUGCAUCGUCCACCAAACGUUUUAUGGUAAGAUGCAAACGACGACAGCGUGCCAGAAUUGCAGCGGGACCACACAUGCGGUCCAGUCGUUCCUUGAUCUAAGCUUGGGUCUCGAUGCUCUAACGCAGAGGCGGAUCAAGAAGACGGGACAGAAGAAGCCGGUUCUGACGCUGACCGAUUGUCUGGAUGAAGAAUAUGUCAAAUUUGACAAAUGCGAGUAUCGGUGUCACAGUUGUGCAUCCUCGCAGCAGGCUAGAAGGUACACCUGCAUCAAGCGUCUUCCCAACGUACUGUCGAUACAGCUCAAGCGUUUCGAGUACAAGCAAGGCAGGCAUGACCGGGCAGCAUCCAAAAUCGACAACGUCGUUCAGUUCCCGCUGCAGCUCAACAUGCUACCCUACACCAACCGCGUUCGCACCCGCGACAGCCGUGAGAAUCUGGAGUUGGAGAGGUCCUGCACGUAUGACCUCUUGAGCGUGGUUGUUCACGUGGGAGAGAUCGAGACGGGCCACUACGUCUCGUAUUGCCGUGUCGGUGACCAGUGGUUCAAGUUUAACGACCACAAAGUUGAGCUGGCCAGCAUUUCGGACGUCUUGGGAGCGCAAGCAUACCUGCUCUUCUACAUCAUUCGGUCCUUAGCGUAA